GUCUCUCAACAGUUUCUGAAGGGAUUGAAGGAAAGAAAAAUGAGGAUUAUUAUUUUUUCUUGGCACUUUCUGGGGGUGUAUUCCGCCCUUUGGGGGCUGGCGACGGGGGCUUUCCCUAGCUCAGUGCAGAUAGGUGGGUUGUUCAUAAGGAAUACUGAUCAGGAGUAUACAGCGUUUCGACUAGCUAUCUUCCUUCACAACACCAGCCCUAAUGCUACGGAAGCUCCCUUUAACCUGGUCCCACAUGUUGACAACAUAGAGACCGCCAACAGCUUUGCAGUCACCAACGCAUUCUGUUCUCAGUAUUCAAGGGGAGUCUUCGCUAUCUUUGGCCUUUAUGACAAGCGCUCAGUGAACACGCUGACGUCGUUCUGUGGGGCCCUGCACAUCAGCCUAGUGACGCCCAGCUUCCCCACUGAAGGAGAGGGCCAGUUCACCCUGCAGCUCCGGCCGUCCAUCAGAGGGGCUUUGCUGUCACUGUUGGACCACUAUGACUGGAGCCGAUUUGUCUUCCUCUAUGAUACAGACAGAGGUUAUGCAAUACUGCAGGCAAUUAUGGAGAGAGCGGGCCAGAAUGGCUGGCAGGUGAGUGCGAUCUGUGUGGAGAGUUUCAAUGAGGCAGCAUAUCGCCGACUCUUAGAAGACCUGGAUCGACGUCAGGAGCGGAAAUAUGUCAUUGACCUGGAGCCUGAAAGACUACAGAGCAUCCUAGAACAGGCUGUCAGUGUGGGCAAACAUGUAAAAGGCUACCAUUACAUCAUAGCAAACCUGGGUUUUAAAGACAUAUCUCUGGAAAGGUUCAUGCAUGGUGGGGCCAACGUGACUGGUUUCCAGCUGGUGGACUUCAGCAAGCCUAUCGUCAUUAAACUGAUGCAGCGCUGGAACAAACUUGAUCAGAGGGAGUACCCUGGAUCUGAAAGCCCACCUAAGUAUACCUCAUCUUUAACAUAUGAUGGAGUCCUUGUGAUGGCCGAAGCCUUCCGCACUCUCCGCCGUCAGAAAAUUGACAUUAGUCGACGUGGCAAUGCUGGUGACUGCCUGGCCAAUCCUGCUGCUCCCUGGAACCAAGGAAUAGACAUGGAGCGGGCACUCAAACAGGUGCGCAUUCAGGGCCUGACAGGGAAUAUUCAGUUUGAUCACUACGGUCGGAGGGUCAACUACACGAUGGACGUGUUUGAGCUGAAGAGCAAUGGACCACGCAAGAUUGGUUACUGGAACGACAUAGACAAACUUGUGUUGGUCCAGAAUGAAAAUGCUCUGUCCAAUGACAGCUCGGCGAUGGAGAACCGGACUGUGGUCGUGACAACCAUCAUGGAGGGUCCCUAUGUGAUGCUGAAGAAGAACUGGGAGUUAUAUGAAGGCAAUGACCAGUAUGAAGGAUACUGUGUGGACCUGGCCUCAGAGAUCGCCAAACACAUCGGAAUCAAAUACAAGAUCUCUAUCGUACCAGAUGGGAAAUAUGGAGCCAGGGAUCCAGAGACGAAGAUAUGGAACGGGAUGGUCGGAGAGCUUGUGUACGGGAAAGCAGAAAUUGCUGUUGCCCCGCUGACCAUCACUCUGGUGAGAGAGGAGGUGAUCGACUUCUCAAAGCCUUUCAUGUCCCUGGGGAUCUCCAUCAUGAUCAAGAAGCCCCAGAAGUCAAAACCGGGUGUUUUCUCUUUCCUGGACCCACUGGCCUACGAGAUCUGGAUGUGCAUAGUGUUCGCUUACAUUGGAGUCAGUGUUGUGCUGUUUUUGGUGAGUCGCUUCAGUCCAUAUGAGUGGCAUGCUGAAGAACCAGAGGAGGGCACCGCAGAGCUGGGCCCCACUGACCAACCUCCGAACGAAUUUGGCAUCUUCAACUCUCUCUGGUUCUCACUGGGAGCAUUCAUGCAACAGGGCUGCGACAUCUCACCACGGUCUCUGUCUGGACGAAUUGUUGGAGGCGUGUGGUGGUUCUUCACCCUUAUCAUCAUCUCCUCUUACACAGCCAACCUGGCUGCCUUCCUCACUGUGGAGCGGAUGGUUUCCCCCAUAGAGAGUGCGGAGGACUUGGCCAAACAGACAGAGAUAGCAUACGGGACACUGGACUCAGGCUCUACUAAGGAGUUCUUCAGGAGGUCCAAAAUAGCAGUAUAUGAGAAGAUGUGGUCAUACAUGAAGUCUGCCGAGCCAACUGUCUUCACCAAAACCACAGCAGAGGGGGUGGCGAGGGUCCGCAAGUCCAAGGGGAAGUACGCCUUCCUCCUGGAGUCCACCAUGAACGAGUAUACAGAGCAGCGCAAGCCUUGCGAUACCAUGAAAGUCGGGGGGAACCUGGACUCCAAAGGAUAUGGAAUUGCUACACCGAAAGGCUCACAGUUAAGAAACGCGGUCAACCUGGCCGUGCUAAAGCUCAACGAGCAGGGCCUGUUGGACAAAUUGAAAAACAAGUGGUGGUAUGACAAAGGAGAAUGUGGCAGCGGGGGAGGGGAUUCCAAGGACAAGUCGUCUCAGGCUCUGAGCCUGUCCAACGUAGCCGGGGUCUUCUACAUCCUGGUGGGCGGCCUGGGCCUGGCCAUGCUGGUGGCCCUGGUCGAGUUCUGCUACAAGUCACGGGCCGAAGCCAAGCGCAUGAAGCUGUCUUUUUCUGAAGCCAUGCGAAACAAGGCCCGUCUGUCCAUCACAGGAAGUGUGGGGGAGAAUGGCCGCGUCCUGACGCCAGACUGCCCCAAAGCCGUGCAUGCUGGCCACGCCUCCCUCCGACACCCCGGCCUUGCAGUAGUCUCUUCCGGACUGCCCUGAAAACCAAAAACACCUGCCGUGCCUUAACGACACACAAACAUACAGACUUGGACAAGGACAUGUGCUUACAUACGAUCUCACACAUGUGCACAACACAAACACACACACACACACAUUCACACAAAGAUGCAUAUAGUUACAGAAACUCAAAUACACAUUCACAUAAAUCAAUACUCAGACACAUUUUUACACACUUGAAUACACAAACACACACUACGUAUCAUCAUCUCACUUCCCUGCUGCCACUGACUAAUUUUACAAGAGACAAAUGAAUUACAACGGUGGAGUGAGCAGUGAGAAAAAAAAACAAAAACAACGGACAACUAUACAACUAUCACACUUGCCUGCAGCAUUCAUUUUAAAUUUUUUUUUUUUUUCGGAGGAUACCAUCCUGAUAUCGACAAACUGACAGGAAAGCCAGCACAGACUUACAUGAAAUGAACUACGAGCUGUGAACACGACCACAAAACUGAUCAUGAUGAUGAUAGUGAUAAAGAUGAUGGCAACAAAAAGAGACAACCAAACAACUCUGUUCCUGCUCUGUCUUCAUUGGACAACGUUGGCCGAUCAGCCACACCCCUUGACAACGCCUUACUAAGACAAACAUUGUUUUCACCAUCAUCAUCAUCAUCGUGGUCAUCGUCGUCUUAACUUGCCUGCAAAGAGUGCCAGGUAUAUCACCCUUAGAAGACCAGAAAACUGUAAGCUUGAACAUUCGGUCUGUGCAAACCCUCUACUUUGCCAUGGACUGUUCAAACUGAAUGAAAAUGCUUUCUUACUGCGCAUAUAGAAUGAUUUCUCGCCCCAAACCAGUGAGAGAAUCAGCCAAUAUAGAACAGAAGUAACCUCGAACACAUAUGUGUGGCUCAUCUCGGCCAUAGAAUACACAGGGGUUUGUAAAAGAAGAAAAAAAAACAGUAGUAGUAAUUAACAAAGUCCUUCAUCAACAUCAUCAUGACAGUAGAAAUGCUAAAUAGCAAACUGAUGAUUACUUUUUUUGCCAAGUGGCAAAGUCGAGGUUUGAGCUGUAUAUUCAGUGGUGAAAAGAAAAAAUAAAACACAUGGGCAGAUCUCAAAUGGCUACCUAACAAAGGUGCUUCUCAACCUGAACACUGGGACCUUACAGAGGUUUGAGAGUGACUGAUUGGGGAAAUAGCAAAGCAAAAAUGAUGUUUAAAAUAUUUUGGAUAAAACUUUUCAAAUUUAGAAACACAUUCAGACUCGAAGUCCUCUUGAAUAAUUAAUCCGAGCAGCCUCGCAAUGAAAAGGCAAAUCAGAGCUCAUUAUUCUUCACACAUUUGCCUACAGUUGAGUGCCCAGAGGACUGAACCAUUUGUUUAAAGGGUCAUAAGUCGAAAAGGUUGAGAACCACUGGUCUAUGCUGUGCGAGCUUUGUUUGACUUAUACGUACAAUUUCCAAUUUCUUUCUAAGUAAUGAAUCUAAUGGUCAGUUUGGGUGUCAUUUGAGAUCCUCAGUCUUUUUCCAGUGGCCGGGGAAAGUAUCAUAUCAGAAAGCUUGCUUUUUAAAACUGUUGUAAAUAACUGCGUAGCAAAACAGAACUCACCUGUCUUUUUUAAUCAUCUUAGAUAACAAUUCAUUGCAAUAAUGAAUAUAAAAGAAAAUGCCACUACUUGUAAUUAAGAUAAAAUCUUUUUUAUAAAAUCUACAUAUUAUAUAUAAUACAAAUAAAUAUAUAUCUAUACGUCUAUAGAGAGCUAUAGAAAACAUUGAUCACUGAUUGUCAGAGGGCCAUGGCAUACAUUCUGUUAUAUGGCUGUUUUUGAUAACUUGAGAGUAUUAAUAUGCCACCGUCUCUGUGUGUCCUACCCAACACUGAAUGUCCAUCUGGCACUGACACGGACACACACGUACAGUAGAAAAACGCACGCACACAUAUUGUUGCAUACACAGGGUCAGCUCAGAGUGAUCACUCCAGCACCAUGAGAGGUUCUGAUGAUUUUUAUUUUGUCCCAUGUCUGUCUGAUGCACCAUUAGUUUAUUCACUGCUUUUCUUCGUCUACUGGUGUUUUUACCCCAAAAUCUGUUGGUGCAGGUUCCAGAAUUCAACACUGAAGCUGAUGCAAUGAGAGCGUUUUUAUGCAGGCCUCUAGAGAGGAUGGGCUGCUCUGACAACUGUACUGUGGUGAAACAAUCCUGUCUGACAUUUCGGGGGACUGUAGCAUUUGUGUUGCAUUCAAUAUUGCCUCAGCACUUUUUGUCAUUUGUCUUCUCAUCCAGACAUAAAUCAGCUACAGAUUGAAUUCCCAACACCGGUUCUACCUGAGGGGGGUUUGCACUUUUUGGGGAGAUUAUUGGACCCAUCGUGCUCAGCAAGAGCAAUCAAUCCUAGAAAAUUGUUCAAAUCUGUUAUAUAUUAUAUGGCAGCCUGCUAUCAUCCAUUCACCACUGGCUUAGGGGAUAUAGUACAUCACAUUGAUAUCUGAGAAACAAUUAGAAAGGGAAAAAUAUAUUUCUAUUAGUGCUGUUUUAUGUCUUUUUGUUAGAAUACAAGUUUAGCAUGAUGGUGAUACUUACAGAGGGACUGUGUCAUAAUACAGAAUGCUACUGUAUGUGUUUUCUGCCCUGCUCACCUCUCCUUUUCUUCCUUGUCCUCUUUUUUUUUAUAAUUCUACUGUCUCUGUGGGACUGCCUCUGUCCCACCUCUCAAAUCUGGUUCCUUCUCUUGUUUUGUCUUCCCUUCCCCUCUGCUUUCAUCUCUCCUCCUGUCCCCACUGUAAGACAGAACUCUCUGUACAAAGUGCAUCUCAACAAUGACAAACGGUGACAUUUUCUUCCUGGACACACUGCAAAAUAGUGGGAUAGAGAUUAAUCGAGAACUCAAAACACCAAUUGACAAUCUGAGUUUCUUCAUUCUGAAUAUUACAUAACUUUUACGCUCUAACCUUUAACGUUUCAUAAAAAGUAUUCUUGAUCUCUUUUUUAAAAAGUCACAUUUUUGUUAAACUCAUCAAAGUACAUCAUCAUGCGUCAGUCCUGCAUCAAAUGUAUUCAAGUAGAUCUCAUCAGACAAACACAUGAAUAUAAAAAUAUCUCAAACAGCUGAUUAAAACAACCCUUUUGUGGCUGAAAAGAACAAGAUAGACAUUUUCCAAACACUUCCUCUCAGUCCAGGGAAUCAAUGCAGCACUACAUGUGAGAAAUGAUGGAUUUCUACAGUGGAUACAUUUCUGAAGAGACAGUUAACGCUGAUCUAGCUAUCACCAGACCAGACACACCAGGCAGUUAAACUGAACAUGAUACUGUUUAUUUCUUCACCACCUCAAAUAAGAUUUCAUGCGUAGACAGCAAAAAGCAGACUGCUGGGCUGUCAACACUCUGGCUUUAACACUCUGUUUCUUUCUUCCUUUGUUUCUUUCUUUCCAUUUGGUUUCUUUUUCUAGUAAAACAUCAAUGCUGAACCUGUUCUCUCUGUGUGGUUAUUUAUCCAAAUCAUAGAAGUCAU